UCCACGUGUCUGAGGGCUGGUUGCAUCCCACUUCCAGUGAGAAGAGGCAGGGACUCUUUCCUGAGAAGAGCAAACCUGAAACUGCAACUUUUCGAAUUUAUUUUCACUGAAGCAUCAUUUGGCUUUUUAUUGCAGGAGUUGUGUUCCACAGAAAAAAAUGUGUUUGCAGACUCAUUUUUGAGUUUUUGUUGGGGUUUAUUUUUUUCAUGGCAAAAAGACUUAGUGAUGUGCGCUUAGUAUGGCUGUGGCUUCUCCACCGACCACCCAGGGACCGGUAUGGCUUUUAGCCGCAUCCACAAACUGGACCCCCCGUCCCGAAGCACCUCAAGGAAAGCGGCAGUCAUGCUUGGCUCUCUCCUCGGCCCCCUCAUCCUUCUGCACAUCCUCGCCGACCGCAGCACCUUACCCUCACCGGUGAAAGCCUCCGCCAGCCGCGCUGCGGAGAGGACCAAGAGGCUUCUGUACGGAUGGACCGGUGGCUCGGAAGUGAUGAGCCACGGAACCGACCGGCGCACGUCAGGGGCUCCGGCGGAGGAGGUGAUCGCGGGGACAGAGGAGUUCCUCCAGCUGCCUCCUCCGGACUUGGGAGCCGCCAGAAAAGUGCCACCUAGGUUUGCAGGUAAAGUCAGUCCGCUCGGGGAGGGGAGCAAAAAGCUGCCUCGGGCUCUAAUCAUCGGGGUGAAGAAAGGAGGGACCCGGGCUCUGCUGGAGUUUCUCCGGGUUCAUCCCGACGUCAGAGCCGUGGGAGCGGAGCCGCACUUCUUCGACCGCCACUAUGGAAACGGACUGGAGUGGUACAGGGAGUUGAUGCCCAAGACCCUGGAGGGCCAGAUCACAAUGGAGAAAACCCCCAGCUACUUUGUGACCAGAGAGGCUCCAGCACGGAUAUCAGCCAUGUCCAGGGACACCAAGUUAAUCGUGGUAGUGCGGGACCCCGUCACUAGGGCUAUCUCUGACUACACACAGACAUUGUCUAAGAAGCCUGACAUUCCCUCUUUUGAGAGCCUCACCUUCAAAAACAGGACUACAGGGCUCAUUGACACUUCCUGGAGCGCCAUCCAGAUCGGUAUCUACGCCAAGCACCUGGACAACUGGCUGCAGUAUUUCCCCAUGGAGCAGAUCCUGUUUGUCAGCGGCGAGCGUUUGAUCAGUGACCCGGCUGGAGAGCUGGGUCGCGUUCAGGACUUCUUAGGCCUCAAGAGGAUCAUCACAGACAAACACUUCUACUUCAACCAGACCAAGGGUUUCCCGUGCCUCAAGAAAGCAGAAGGCAGCAGCAAGCCACACUGCUUGGGGAAGACCAAAGGACGGACUCAUCCGAACAUUGAUCCGGAGGUGGUACAGAGGCUGCGGGACUUCUACAGACCCUUCAAUAUGAAGUUCUAUCAGAUGACGGGGCGUUUUUUUGGCUGGGAUGACUGAAUGUCUUUAAAUUUAACACUGAGGAAGGUCAGAAAUAUCCAGAUGGAGUCCCGUCAAAGAUCAGUCUGAGACUUUGGGAAUAAAGUUGAAAGUUUCUGUAUCACUGGCAUAAAUACAUUUCCAAAAUCUUUAGUUGAACAUUUUUAAUCGGGUAAAAAUCAAAUUAUCAGGGAGAUUUACUUUGAUUUUUAUACUAAGGAAAAAAGAAAUGUUUCAAACUUUAUUCCAGUAACCUUCUAUCUGAUCGUUUAUUCUUAAACUUUCAGUGAUAUUCUCCAAGUCUUAACUACUGUGUUUCUGCUCCUCCCGUUUCUGCACUAAUUUAAAGCAAUAUUCUACUUUUAUGGUUGAGGAGAAAAAUUUCUCCACAGCAGAUAUGCAACGUUUUUGUUUUUCUGUCAUCAAAGCUUUUUCUAAUCAGUUAUCAGUGGAAAUUUCUAUUUUUGAUACAUUCUUGAAGGGUUUGCAUUAUGAACGACUGUUCUUGUUCAAAACAGAAAAAGAAAAAGAGUUUGAAAGAGUAAAAGCAGAAGAUUGUGUUUCAAACGAAUCUUGGUGCGUUCUAACUGAGCUGAUGCUGUAUUUUGAACAUGCAUAGAUGCUUUUAUCUUCUAACAUGUUUCUAGCAAGAAUAUAAUAAAAAUGAGAAUAUAUAUGUAUUUUUGAGAUGUAUUUAUUCAGAAAGUGCAGAAGCAUUGUAUGUUUGGAAUAACUUCUUAGCUUUUUUUGUGCUUAGUUCUAUACCAGACUUGGUUUUGUUUUUUGUUUUAUUCCUGAAUAUAUUUAAAUGCAAAGUUUAAAGGUCACAGUAAAAAAAAAAGUUGUUUAAAAUAACUUUUUGAAUUCAAAUUUCAUCUCUCCAGCUUAAUAAAUUCUAAUCUUUUUUAUUUCUUGCAUUGUAACGUACCGCUUUUUCGCGAUACAGAUGUCACCAUAGAGGACCCAGAUGACAUUAGUUAGCAGUGAUCGGUCUAAGUCUGAGUCAUUGUUUUUAUGGCAACAAACUUGCCAAUCAGAAGUGAGCUUAUUGGAAGUCCAUACCCCUGCCACUUAAAAGCAGGCUUUGGAGAAUCAAUGAAACAUUCAAUGUGAGACCACAUCCUUUCUUUAAGGCAUCUGAUUGGCAGAUCAGAACUUGAAUAACUUGCAAUAAAGAAAGAAAAAAAUAGGAAUGUCAAGAACCUGUUAAAAAAAACGUAACUGAGCAAAAUUGGUCUUCUUUCAAAUAAAAUGACUGAUUACCAGCUGUUAAUUUAUCAAUAGAAAGCUAUGGGAUUUUGGCUUCCUGGGCCCAGUGAGCACUUCCUGUUUGGAACGCAAGGGGGGAGGGGGUCACUCAUUCCAGUUCUCAUAUACAGUCAAUGACUGUGUACCAUUUAUCAGUAUGUUUAAAAUGAUUGAUUGAGCUAAUUUUUUAUGCAAAAAUCCUAAAAAGCACUUCAGAUUUUGGCUAACCAUUGCUGAUUAUUCAAGCUGUUGGGUUUUUACUGCACCCAUUAAAUAAAACAGAAUAAGGAAA